AUGGAAGGUAAUCGCUGCGUGUGCCUCAACGUUAUCGGCCGUGAAGGUUCUCAAAAACCAGGAAUUUAUGAAACAAUGAGGUUCAUGAAGGGUGGCUACAAACAGCCUCCCCUUCCAUUGAACAUCCAAUGUCAUAGCAGGUCCUUCGCAAAAUACUUAUACGGCCUCCUUCAACCCCUUGCGAAUAGGUACUACAGGGAGUCCCCGGACAGCUUUGUUGACAAAUUCAUAUCCUCCGAAGAGUUUCAGGAAGUGGCUACUGCAGCCAACGAGCAGGUUGAUUUGGUAUGGGUGGUGAAAUAUGGCAAGUUUGUUGGGAUCUUUUUCGAAGGGCUUGAUGCGAUCUCCAGUGUUGACGAAGCGCAGGAGUCAAAGUGGCAGCAAGCGUUUGCGUUCAGGACCUUCAAAGAAGCGGUUGUUUUCCAGCUGGGUAGCAUUAAAAACCCCGACCAUCACGUUUGGGAAUAUAACCCUAGAGAGCAGCCAAACGCUGCAGAUGAGAUACGCCAACUGCUGAAUGUUGCAGAGGUAGAGCCGCCGUCCACUCCGCCUGCUCCUGCAACUCCACCAAGAUUUCCAAGACCGAUGCUUAGAUCUUUAAGGUCUCCCAACCCUGACACUCCUCCCCCAACUCCCAGCCGUAGGAAUCGGAGCCAAGCCGAAGGUACCUCUGUUGGGACUAGCUUCGUUGCCUCCCCGCAAAUCACCGUCCACGUAAACCAAGAUCCGUUAUCUGCUGGCCGACGUUCGCUGUUCCACACUGGGGCAUAUUGGAGCUGUCGCAUUCUGAGGAACCUUCAAUUUGACGAACGUUCCGCAGGCAAGGUUGAGGAUGCCAUUCGAAAAUUCAACUCGAAGGAGGAAUUCUUGCAGUGGUUCAAUACAAAGUGUACAGUAAUCUCAGAGGACUGGGCAGAGCUUCUCUGGGACCUUCACUCGGAGUUGUAA